AUGGCUUCUCCAAGUGUGCUGGUUUCAAGCCCCAAGGUUGCGGCCCUCCUCAAGAGGCUCCGCGGAGAGUCUGGAGCCCAGGAAUCAUCGUUCUCCGUCGUGUCAUUUUGGCUUCGAAAGAAGAUAAUGACUAUGAUUCUUGGGAGCCGUAGAUGGAACUCCGCCGAUGACGACUUCAUGAGAGACAAAUAUAUCUGUCUAGAGGCCGACAAAAGUGAACUUGUCUAUCUCCUAGCGAGAUCUACUGGUGCUCUGAACAUCGUGGAAGCAGGUACAAGCUUCGGCGUCUCGACAAUCUACCUUGCUCUCGCAGCUGGACAGAACGCCGCAGCCAAAGCAUCUAAGUCCAUAACACCAGGUCAAGGCGCGCAAGUCUUUGCAACGGAAAAUGAACCCACUAAGGCGAAGAAGGCGAAGGAGCAUUGGAAGGAGGCUGGGGAAGAGGUGGAGCCCUGGAUUACCUUGCUGGAAGGCGAUCUUCGUGAAACACUACCGGAUCAAAUGAAGAAGGUCGAUCAAAUUGACAUGUUACUGUUGGACAUCUGGACUCCAAUGGCUCUCCCGGCACUCAAAGCAGUUCAACCAAAGCUCCGUACGGGUGCACUUAUCAUUGCAGACAACACUGUCAUGGCUCGCAGUGACUACAAGGACCUAUUUGAUUAUAUGGACGAUCCUAAGAACGGCUUCAAGCACAUGACGACCCCGUUCAAGGGUGGCUUGGAAGUCAUUGUCUACCUCCCUUAA